AUGUCUCUACCUUCAACACCCACAAAAACAUCAUCUCCAAGUAAGAAACAUCAUAAAAGGCCGAACGUGUUUGAACGACUCUCAAAUCCAAUGAAUUUCACUGGUGUUUACUUGGAGAGAUUUAGAUCGGGAGGAAGUCUCAAUGCAGAGGCUCCAUCAGGAAAUAUCAACAGUUUGGCUGAGAUUCUGAGGCCAUCGGUCAAGAGCUCAACAUGCGUCCACAUCUCAUUCGGGUGGGAUCCAGGACAACACAAAAACAGUGGACUUGUUCACGAUACACCAGCUACCAGGAAUAAUCCCUAUCAUACAUCCACCGGAAAUUCAGCCUUGGCAGUUCCCUUUAAGGCUAAAUCGAUGGAAGAAAGCUCCAUGAAGAAAAGACGAAAAUCUUUGAGUGCUUUGUCCUCUCCUCAUCCUCUUCAAUCUCCUAUUUUCAAUUCAGAAUUGCCAAUGGCAACAUCAUCAUCCUUGAGAACUCCUUCAGUCAGCAGCAUCCAAAGACCGAGUAGUGCUCUACCUUCUGUUAGAAACGAUUCCGAGGAUCUAAUAUUAAGCAAAUUACGAUUAACAACAAACUUAUUUGACGAAAGCCAAGCUCCAAAUGAAAAACCAGAACACCAAGAGAAUCUGUCAGAACCAGUCAGCCCAACCCUUCAUCAACAUUGCUCUGAGAAACAACAAGAACGGCCUGCAUCAGCAAAUGCUCUUUUGAACCAUCCAACUGAAGAAAACAUCUCUCAACACGCCAAACGAUCACCAAUUACCAUUUACGACCGAUUAUACGAUUCAAGUACUUACACUGGAGUGUACAAGGAACGAUUUGAAUCAGGAAAUGGUUGCAUCAAUGGCUCUUCGGAGUACUACCCUGAGAAUGCAAUGCAGUCAGCAUGUCCAGAAAAACGAGUCCAAAGAACCCCUACUAGUAAGAAUUCAUCUCUCAAAAAUAAUGUUGCAAAACUGCAUUACGAGAGAUUUGGAUCUCCGAUGGCCAAAGACAAACUCAUUUUCGUUGUGGGUUUAGGAACUUCGUGGCAUUGGUGGGACAAGCAAGUACACUAUUUCAGUAGCCGACAUCACGGCGAAUUUGAAAUUCUCGUAAUUGACAAUCGAGGAAUUGGUAAAUCUCCAGAUAUUCCGUUUACAUUUCGCUAUUCUAUGAAAGAUAUGGCCAAUGACAUCAUGCACAUAUUGAUGGACUUGCAAUGGAUUGGCAACAAGGGAAAUAUAAAUCUGCAUUUAGUUGCACAAUCCAUGGGAGGCCUUAUUGCUACAGAGAUACUAAGAUGGGAGAAUGCUUACUUUCCGCACUUGAAUAUUAGCCAUUUCAAGACUGUCACACUUCAAAAUUCGUUUCGAACAAUUUAUUCAAGAGAAGCAACACCAAUGCUUGACACUGUUCUCUUCUUGGUCAAAUCCGGUACCAUUGGCGUGCUCUCGUUGGAAAUCAGAAUGAAAUAUGUGCUCGAACAAAUGUUUUCGAGUGAUUAUGUCGGAAAACAUUACGAGGAUUUGUACAAACGAUACUCGCCCAUGUUUAGUGAUUUAAGAACGAUUGGACAGAUGAAACAAAUAUUUGGAAUUUUAACUCAUUAUGUGUCUGAAAAAGAAUUUAUUGAAGCCUAUGAAAAGGUGCCCAAAGUUCUGCUCGUGUCCAGCAAGUUUGAUCGCAUGGUGCACUCAGAUAACACGCCCCACAUGCUAAGACUGUUGCAAAAUAGUACCAAUGUUCAAAGAGUGUUAGUUACUAGAUUGUAUGAGAAAGAAUCAAACGGCCAUAUCAUUAAUUCAGAGCAACAUGAAGAUUAUAAUGACUUUUUGUACAAAAAUUUGAAGUAA